GCGUUUCUACCCAGGUGGCUCAUUGCACAAUAGCAAGGUGCACUGACUGAACAUGUAGGGAACUAAUUAUUUGUUAUUUCCAUAACUUAAUGCAAUUAAAGUUAACUGGGUCACUGUUUUGUUAUAGCCUAUCACGACGCACACUGAAUUUGUUAGCUAGCUGACGCUAACUAUGAAUUCAGCUUGUCGAAUUAGCUAGUUUAGCUAGCUAACGUAACCUAUGUUGAUUGGGUUACUAGCUUAUUGAUUCAGCUAACCUAGCUAGUUAGUUCCCUAUUUUCAGUCAGUUGAACAAGUUUAUUGAUUAGCCGUCUAUAAAGUUCUAACUAUAAUAUGAAUAUGACUGUCAGGUUAGUCAUAUAAUUAUGGUAUACGAGGUAAAUGAGAUGGUUAGCUAACUAGAAAAUUAUUUGGCGGAUUUCCGACCACGUGCACAUUGUGGUGGUCGAACCUGUUGACAGAUCGGGAAAUAUCUGACCGGGAAAAUUAACCAAAUUGUGAUGGUUGUCCACCGCUGAUCUAAAUGAGGUGCGUCUGGCUACUUGGUUCGGUGUAAUUGUAGCAGCCAGCACUGGGAAAGAAAUGGCAGGAGAGACAGGAGGGGCUGCCCACUACCAUGAGUGGUAUGGAGCUGCUAGCUGCUGGGACUCAUUCUUUUGUGAACAGCAGAACCUUAAACUGAAAAAUAUCUUCACAUGGCAUCUCUUGAAGACUGUUGCAUUGGGUCAGGUUCUGUCCAUGCUGAUAUGUGGCACAGCAGUGACGAGUCAGUAUCUCGCAGAGGCGCAGGUGGAGACUCCAAUGCUGCAGAGCUUCCUCAACUACACCCUGCUGCUUCUGACCUAUACCUUAGCACUGGCUUUCAGAAAAGGUGAUGGGAGUAUUUUUCAGAUUUUGAAGUCAAAGUGGUGGAAGUAUUUACUAAUGGCACUCACAGAUGUUGAGGCAAACUACACAGUUGUGAAGGCAUACCAAUUUACUACGCUUACGAGCAUUCAGCUGCUGGACUGCUUUGUGAUCCCAGUGCUGAUGGUGCUAUCAUGGUUCUUUCUCAAGACCCGCUACAAGCUGCUGCAUUUUGUUGCUGUGGUUGUGUGCUUGCUUGGGGUUGGGGCAAUGGUGGGAGCUGAUCUGCUUGCUGGAAGAGACCAAGGCUCACACAUAAAUGUUUUGCUGGGAGAUGGUCUGGUGCUGAUCAGUGCUGCUCUGUAUGCUGUGUCUAAUGUGUGUCAGGAGUACACAGUAAAGAACUUGAGCAGGGUCGAGUUCUUAGGCAUGAUUGGUCUAUUUGGUACCCUCAUCAGCGGUGUACAAAUGGCUGUACUUGAAAUCAGAGCUAUAGCCAAUAUCAAUUUGGACUGGAAAAUAUGCCUGCUCUUUAUUGCCUACAUGCUGUGCAUGUAUGGGCUAUACAGUUUUAUGCCUGUGGUGGUGAAGAUGACCAGUGCCACUGCAGUCAACCUCUCCCUGCUGACUGCUGAUCUCUUUAGCCUGUUCUGUGGCAUCUUUCUCUUCCACUACAGUUUUUCGGGGCUGUACGUUGUGUCGUUUGUGGUGAUCACCUUCGGCUUUGUCAUGUUUAAUGUCGUGCCGACCUACACGCCAGCCCUGCAUGGUCCCAGCGAGGGCACUUAUCAGAGCGUUGACUCUGCCGAGGUCAGCCAGGGAGAGGGAGGAACCGCCCUGGACUGGCAGCAUGCUGAAGAACAGGAGAAGUGCGCCCAGGUGUCCUGUGUGUCCAGAGAACCAUGCACUGCAUUUUGUAUGUUGAAGUACAUGGAGUAGAACAUUUGCCCUCUGCAUUGCAGAGCCAAGUGCUAGUUGUACCUAAUUUUUGAGGGCAGUGUUUUAAAUUAUAAAUAGUAUUUGUUUUGGUUGGGAGUGUUUGUGCUGAACUGGAACAGAUGAGAACUGUAAAAUGGUAUCAGUGAAGUUAUGCUGAGAAUAAUGUGAUUAUCUUGGCAGCACAUUAGAUGUUGAUGUAGAUUUUAUUUAUACUGCUGCUCGUGCUGUUACAAGGUCACUUGUUUACUUCUUUUAAGUUGUUGUCUCCCCCCCCCCCCCCCCCAUUGGAAAAAAAAAACUUUAUUUUUGGUCACAUGGUUUUAUUACAGCAGUGGUCAGUUGUUACUGUUGAUUUUUAAGCCUUAGAAGAUUGGCACCACAUACAAAAAAAGCAGUGCUGAAACUGAUAUUAAUAUAAGAGCUACUAGGAGUUACUACUUUUUCAAACUCUUAGUCAACCUGACUAUUACUGUAACAGACCUGUUAAUGAUUUUUAUACCCUAAGAUUUUUUCAUAGUCUUUGUUUGAGCUUUGCCUCAAGAAUUGAGUCAAUUUGAGCUUUAGUCAUGAGCAUGCACUAGAAAUACAGAGGAAAAACAAGAGACUUGACUCAUUAUUCUGAUCUUAAAUUACACUGCUUAAAGCAGUUGCAUACAUGUGAGAGCAAGCACAUUUCAAAUGCUGAUUGAUAAUUGAAUAAAAUUUUGUAUUUAGAUUGUCAUCUUUAUUUUGUAUGAUCUUUGCUGAUGCAUUUCUUAGGUAUAAUUUUUAAUAUGGAUCAUAUCCUUCAUUCCAUGACAAAUGUAAUAUUCAAGUUUAAUGAGUCACCGCAGAAAGCAAACGGAUACCAAAGCCCCAUUACAAGCCAUUAAUCAGGGUGGCCCAGGGUGUAUUAAUGAUCAUUAAACAGGGUAUGUAAUAUAGGUAACUUGCAUGAUGUUUAAUUUUUCUUCGAGCUCAUUUCGGGAAAAGCAUCAGGUUUUUCUUUACAGGUGAUGCUUCUGACCAAAGGUAUAACUGCGUCUGUCCAAGCAGAGAAUUGACAAGAAUUCAUGAGGUGAACCAUUCUUUCAGUAAAGCCUCGCAGAAGGCUC